AUGAACAUCAAACACUUGUGUUGGCUUCUCUCUGGUUUAAGUCUUAUUUUGAUUCAACCCACAAAUGGAUAUCUUUCAAAAGCGAGUGCCUUCUGCAAAAAUUUCCAGUGUCAUGUUGAGCGUGGCAUCAAUCCCAUUGCCACAGCUAAUGCUGUUUACAAUAAUUCACUGUUUCAAACUGGUUGGGAUAUUUUGAAUAUUAAGGCUGGAUAUGGCCAGCAUCCUUCCUCAAAUACAGACAUCAUGUUUGCAGCUGGAUUCCUGGAAGGCGUUCUUACAGCCAAGAGAAUCUAUAAUCAUUACAAGAAUAUAUACUUGGAAUUACAGAGAAAUUCUUACCCCAAAUUGAUGAAACGUUUGAAUGAAUUCUUUAAGAAACAAAAUAUCUGGAUACGCAAGCAAAUUGUCCGCUUUCCAAAUGAUCCACUGUGGCGUCAUGUGAAUUACGUAAUAACUCAAUUGGAUGGACUUAUGGCAGGCUAUAGGUCAAUCAAGUCAAUACCUGAAAUUACUGAUUUUGGUUUCCUGUUGAUAAAUGGCAUGGGAGACAUUCUUGAUUUAAGAAAUGCAUUUAAUAAAACCAGAGCAAUGGAAUUAAUCAAAACUGAUUUAAACAGAUAUAUCUUCCUUAAUAGUCACUGCUCGGCUUUAAUCAAGGUCUUGCCUGGUUAUGAGAACAUUUUCAUGUCCCACAGCAGUUGGUUUUGGUAUUCUUCCAUGUCUCGAAUCUAUAAAUACUACGACUUCAACAUCAAAGAUCCAAGAACAUUUACAAGACAGAUUGCUUUCUCAAGUUACCCAGGUUUGAUGUCAUCAUUGGAUGAUUUUUAUCUACUUGGUGGCAAAAUGGUGAUGAUUCAGACCACAAACAACAUUUUUAACAUGAGUUUGUAUCAUUUGAUUAAACCAGAAUCUCUUUUGGCCUGGCACAGAGUUCGUAUUGCCAAUUCCAUGGCAAGGAAUGGUAAAGAUUGGUCACAAGUCCUUGGUUUCAAGAAUUCAGGAACAUACAACAACCAAUACAUGAUUCUUGACCUUCGCAAAAUCAAGUUGAACUCGGAUAUUGAAGACAAUGCUCUUUGGGUUGUAGAACAGAUCCCUGGACUUGUCAAAUCUGCAGAUGUAUCAGAAAUACUGAGAACAGGUUAUUGGCCAUCAUAUAAUGUACCGUUCUUUGAAGAAAUCUAUAAUCAAAGUGGUUACAAUAAGGUUUAUGGGUUCAAGUCCAAUCAAUAUCAGAUGGCCGCUCGAGCAAAACUCUUCAGGCGAGAUGCUAACAAAGUUUAUGACUUGCAGAGCAUGAAAAAUCUGCUUCGAUCCAAUGAUUAUAAAAAUGACAAAUAUUCAGAGAAGAAUCCAUGGAAUGCAAUUUGUUCUAGAGGUGACCUUGCUGAAGACCCACAAGCUGUUGGAUGUUAUGACACAAAGGUUACUGAUUUUUUCCUCGCCAAAAGUAUGACAGCAGACAUCAUCAGUGGACCGACAUUAGGUACAAAUCUCAAUCCUUUUGCGUGGAGUGGAAAAUUUAAAGACAGUCAUAUUGGCUUGCCAGAAAUAUAUGAUUUUGAUUUUGUGCGGACAAAACCUUUCUUUUAG